CAUGAUCUUGUCAGUCCUUUAGAACUUCAGACCGAUUAUUCAGUAGAUGAGAUUCUAUGUCCUGGUCUCACCGUCAAAGCAGCAAUCAGUCAUUUUGAUGGAGCUCACCCUGGUGAUCCUUUAUUACAACUGAAGAAAGAGCUUCAGUUCAAGAACGAAUGUCCUAACAACUAUUGUAAAACAAAUCUAAGACUUGGAGCCAACGCCAAAUAUAUAAAUGUUGAUGGUUACUUUUGUCAUCGGCAAUCAAGACCUCGUUGUCGAUGUUAAUAUCUCAAAAGAAGGUGACGCAUCAUACGGGUCUGUGUUUUAUAUGGUAUAUCCAAGAUACGUUGGUUAUAAGAAUGUAGAAAAACUGCGUGGAGAGACCGAUAUAUCUUGCUCAAUAGUUGACAGCCGAGCUAAUGACACAAGUGUAACUCUAGCCAAGGACGAAGCGGCUGUAUCAUGUUUGUUUGGAAAUCCGAUGUCAAAUGAUACCGAAGUUCAAUUCAGGUUGUUCAUGAUCGUUCCCGUAACAGUUGCUAAUGAUGAUAAGUCAAUGAUGCUGAAUAUGCAUGUGUCUACUCUAAGUGAGGAAACAGACCCUAGCAACAACAAUCAAACAAUUACUAUCAAUCUCAGGCAUAAUCUGGAAGCAGCUUUAACAGCAAUAUCAGCACAAGAAACGAUAUACAUAGGAAAGAGUAAAACGUUGCCUAAUAUGCAAAAUAUAUAUGAGCUGUAUAAUAAGGGACCGAGUAGUCUACAGUCAGCUAGGAUAUCUAUAUCAUUCCCACAAAUUCAGAAUCCUGAGAAAGCAAUCUUAUAUCUUAACAAAACACAGGUUAAAUGCGGCACAACUUGUGAAGUCACGUGCUCCUUAACAGAUGACAAUAUAACGCCAGAAAUUUAUUCCUACGUGAAGGGUCGCCUUGUUUCACGUACACCAAAACCAACACAGCCUUUAACAGAACUCGAGAAGAUGGACUGCAAACAAGAGAAGUGUUCCAUAUUUAACUGUAUGGUAACUGGAAUACAACCGAAGACCAGUGCAGUUAUAUAUAUGCACCAUGUCGUUGAUAAGGAUAUUGAAAGUUUUAUGAAGGACGGGAAAUCAAUAAAACUGCUGUCAACGGCAUUUGUAUGGAUAAACAAGACAAACCUGAUCAGCAACCAGACAGAAUUUUCACAGCAGCUGAUAACUACUAUAAGUAAAAGAACAGCCGUGCGAAAAGAACUUCCGUGGUGGAUAAUCUUGGUCAGUGUGCUGGGUGGUAUUCUGCUGAUAGCACUGAUUAUCCUUUUGUUAUGGAAGUGCGGUUUCUUCAAACGGAAAACCAGAGAUGAACUUGAGAAGCGGUUAAUGAGCGCUACAGUGUCCAAGGGUAACGGUAACAAUGUCAAGAAAAGAGACUCAUACACGGACAGUGAGGGCGGGAUCAUAGACAACGAAAUGCCAGUGGCCAAUGAGAAAGAGAAAUUUUGAAGAAAACAGAAAUGGUUAAAACACUAGGGCAAUGAUAGCUUACCUAAAAUGCUUUUUUAAUAAAGAUACUUGAUUGAUCAAUAAUCAUCUAAAAGUGCCAUAAGAAGUAUGUAUUUAAUGGUGUAUUAAGUAAUAAUUGUGUACAUGUAAAUCACAAGGGCACUGUUAUCUUACUUAAGAUGUGUUUUUUUUUCUUUUUCUGUUUAGCAUUGUACAUGUAAAAAGUGUUAAAGAAGUGUGCAUUUUAUUUGGUAUCAAGAUAUAAAUGUGUACAUGUAUAUAAAAAAUGGAAGGCGUUACGUUAUAUCUUUUGUACGCUUGAAUGGUUUGGUUUAAAUAUUAUCAAGAAUUAGUGCUACAUUGAAAUAAUCACAUGAUGUCAUCAUAUCACUGUGCAAUAUUCCGUUGGCCUUGUUUGGUGCAUUUUUUGUUAGUAAUAAAAGACAUUUUCGCUUUUAUCUUAUUUGUGUAUACUUUUAACUGUUGAUCAAGCACUGUUAGACUUUGCAUCCAAGUAUCAAGUAUAUCAAUUGUAACAUUUUAUGCGGUCUAUCUUAUGAGGGUAGAACGCGACACUUUGCGAACUUUCGCGUAGUGUCUUGAAAAUGGGCAUGUAAAAUGUUGACCAUAUUUCAGACCUGAUUCCGUUGAUUUUAUUCCAAUUGUUUCAAAUAACUUGUACCUCGCAUGUUCGGGAUUGGAUCGCGUCAGAAACUUCAGAUUCUUACAGAUAAGGAAGCUUUACAGUUACCUUUUGGAAGGUCGAUGGCUCAAGCCAGGAACCUGAAAUAAUGCUCCAAAUAGUCACUUGAAGUUUUCCACUACAAGUAAACCUGAAAAGUUGUCAGAUGACAUUGAGUGUCAGUGUCACUUUAAAAGAAUUAACAAAAUUUCAUUUUAUUUAAAAGGUCCAUUAUUCCUCAGAAAUGCCUUUAUUUUAUUUUCUCGAAAGCUUUUUAUAUUUUGUGUCCUGAUUAUAAAUUUUAAAACAUUAUUCAUUGGCCGUUUACCUGAAUCAUCUUUUGCUUUUGUUGCUUUUGAGAAAAUAGUCAGUGAUAGUGUUUUAGUAUUUUGUAUGGAAAUCAAAAUACUACUUUGUUUACAUUUGUCUACUUUUAUGACAAAUAAUUUCAAAUUCAGCGCUGUUCAGUUCAGGUAAGAAGCAUCUUACAUGUCUAAAACCAUUAUUUAAACAUUAUAAAACUCAUGUUUGCUCGUUCUAAAGAAUGAUAAAAAUAAUUAUUUAUUUCUGAGGCAUAAUGUGUUUUUCAUACUGAAAAGAAAAACACAUUAAAUAAAGGUUUACAUUGCGCAUUAAUUUGAUACUUUUAAAGAUAUUGCAUAUUAAAUACACAUCUCUGUUUGACAAGAAUACAAAUGCACAUAUAUCAAUGAAGAUGUUUGCAGGGAAGUUACAAAAAUUUGUAUUUUGUAUUGGUAUUUAAAACGCUUUAUUACUAGAUAAUCUGCUAUUGUUUUUUGUCUUGCUCAAUUGUAUUAUCCUUUACAUGUAUAUCAUAAAUAUUAUGAUAUCUAUGCAAUAGUAUCAUUCAUUAUAUUUUGUUUCCAUUUUUAUUAUGCAAUAUAUUUUACCUUUAUGAUAAGGAUAUUGAAUUAUAAUAAUUAAAACUGUUAUUAAUUACA